AUGGUCUGGUGGUCAGACCCGGGGAAGGAGGUCCUGAACAUCCUGUUCAACCGCGUCCUUGCCCCGUAUGUUGAGAACCUGGACAUGAAUCAGGUUAACUAUGGAAUUGGACAAGGACAAAUCACGCUAAGCAAGUUGCGCCUCAAGAAGGGUGCCUUGGACAAGUUUAGGCUGCCUGUGGAUGUCAUUGAUGGGCACCUGGGCAAGCUGUCCCUCUCACUACACUGGAUGAACUUGGGCAACCAGCCAGUAGAAGUCCUGGUUGAGGAUGUGUAUCUACUCGUCGUCCCCUCGUCCGAAUCUACCUAUAAUCCCGAAGAAGAGGAACGUCGGGCCCAGGCCGCCAAGUUUGAACGUCUGGAGAACGCGGAGCUUCUCCAUGUGCAAGCACGGACUGAUGUCGCACAAGAUUCCGCACAGUCACAAGGUCUGAUAGCAUCCUUGGUGACGAAGAUUAUCAACAACUUGCAGGUUACCGUUCGGAACAUCCACAUUCGAUACGAGGACAAGCUCAGUGUGCCGGGCCAUCCCUUCGCCGCUGGUGUGACGUUGGCCGGGUUCACCGCGGUGUCGGUGAACGAGAAUUGGCAACCCGCCUUCAUCGACACGAAGGCUGGCGCAGUCCACAAGCUCGCGAGACUAGACUCCCUUGCGGUCUAUUUUGACACCGACUGCGGAAGCUUGUCGGGAUUGUCCUACCAGGAAUUUGUGGAGAAAUUCACAGCGUUGAUCUCCAAGGUCAACCGGCUCGCCCCUCAUCAAUUCAUCCUUAAGCCAGUCUCGGGCGAGGGCAAGAUCAUCAUGAACCACAAGCUCGACAAGGAGACACCUCGCUUUGACGUACAGCUCUCAUUCGACGAGAUCGGCGUGCUGCUGGAUGACAACCAGUACCGAGAUGCCAUCUCCCUGGUAGACAUGUAUCACUUCUAUAUUCGACAACACCAGUACCAAAAAUACCGCCCGGCUGCCGAAGAACUCGAGAAGAGCCGUCCGAAGGCGUUGCUCAAGUUCGCCACCACGGCCAUAUUGGACGAAGUCCGCGAUCGCAGGCGGAGAUGGACCUGGGAAUACUUCGCGGAGAGACGUGACGACCGUCACCGCUACGUGGACCUAUUCAAGCGGAAACAUCUUGGGCCGCUCUCCCCUCAGGAUGUCGCAAUCCUGGAAGCGUUGGAGAGAAAGCUCUCAUACGAAGAUCUACGUUUCUACCGUUCUAUCGCACGCUCGCAGCUGCGCAAGGACAUGGCCACGCGGAGAAAACUCGAGGAUGAGCGUAAGAAGCAGCAGCCACAGAAGCAGGGGUCGUGGUCCUCGUGGAUAUGGGGCUCCUCAACAACGGCCGACGGUAGCAGUAACUCCGCACCCAGCAGUGAGGAGACUGCGUUCACUGGUGAGAUGACAGACGAGCAGCGGAAGGAGCUGUACAAGGCGCUGGACUAUGACGAAAAGGCCGUCCUCGCGGAGUCUCUCGACACGCCGAGGGACGCAUUGAAGGCUCGCGUCAAGGCGCAGCUGAACCGCGGCUCGUUCGCGCUAAAAACUGACCCGCACGGCAAGAACAGCGAGAUCGUCUCGGUCGUUUUCGACAUCUUCCAGGCGACGUUCCUGCAGCGGCAGGACAACUUCGAGACGUCCCUCUCCCUCGGCGGGUUCGCCAUUCGGGAUGGCACGACGCAGAAUACAGCUUACCCCCUCAUCGUGCAUGUGCAGGAGAAGAGGAGCCAGAGCGAGAUCGUCAAGACGCUCCCCGUGGAAGAGUCGGGUGUCUCGCCCGACUUGCCCGAUCCGUUCUUCUUCCUGAAGUUCGAGAAGAACCCCCUUAGUGGGCGCGCGGAUAGCGCACUGACGGUUCGUAUGCGGUACAUGGAGAUUGUGUAUCACAGAGGAUACGUCGAGGCCGUGUACAAGUUCUUGAAGCCCCCUGCGAGCCAACUCGAGUCCGUUGAGGCCCUCUUGGAUGUUGCGAGCCAAACACUGGAGGGCUUGCGGAAAGAGACCAGAAUUGGUCUCGAGUACGCCUUGCAGACGCACAAGACCAUCGACGUCAAGAUGGACCUCAACGCGCCUAUUAUCAUUGUGCCCGAAGACGUCACUUCGACGAAAGGCAAGCAUCUGGUCAUCGACGCUGGUCAUAUCUCGAUUGGUAGCGAGCUGGCGAGCAAGGAAGCCAUUCAGGAGAUCCACGCGAAGCGAAAGCAGCAGUACACCGAGGACGACUACAAGCACCUAGAGUCGAUGAUGUACGAUCGUCUGACCGUCAGACUAGAAGCCGCUCAGUUCCUCAUUGGGGACGACCUUCACUCAUGUCUCAAAGCGCUCCGCUCGAAGGAGAACGACAACCUGCACCUGCUCGAGCGGACCAACUUUGACCUCCAGGUGCAGAACUCGAUCGUCCCAACUGCCUACACGCUCGCACGGCUGAAGGUCGCGGGUCAUUUGCCCGCGCUCCAAGUAAACAUGUCGGACACCAAAUACAAGGCCCUCAUGCGGCUUAUCGACGUCUCAAUCCCGCACUUCGAUGACGAUGAAGAGGCCCCGGCCCGAGUUAAUUCCGCCGUUAAACCAUCACCAUCUCAGCGGCAUACUUCUACUGCAUUCAAGAUACCCUCUGGCUUCUUCGGACCGGGCCCGGAAGAGGAGUACGCCAUCGAGACCGACGACGAAGACCAGGCGGUCGUGGCCCAUAGGCAGGGGAAGCCUGCUGAGCGCGAUGAGGGCCAUGAAGAGUUCUUUGAGGUAGACACGGGCGCCAUAUCCAGCCCAGCGCUACACCAGCACGUCGUAGAAGUUGAUUUCAAGGUUGACACUCUUCGCGCCACGCUGUACAAGUCCGCACCGGAUGGGACGGAUAAGGCGCUCGGUGAAGUAUCUUUCCAGGGCUUCGGCCUCGCCUACGCGAUGGAGAAGUAUGUCAUGAAGGUGGACGUCAACUUGAAAUCCGUGUCAAUGCACGUCAACCGACCUGGCAAGGAUCCUUUGGAGUUCGUCUCGUCGGCGGCCGGGCCUUCGGCGGCGGACCUCCUCACCGUCAAGUACACCCGAGUGCAGCAGGCCUCGCCCGAGUAUCAGCCGGUCUAUGAGGGUAUUGACCAGAACGUUGACGUCAAGAUCUCGACGUUCCUGUUCCGGGCUGCUCCAGAGCCGGUCCUCACGCUGUACGAUUUCAUCAUGACCACCUUCGUUCCCCAGAGUGGGGACAAGGUCGAGGCGCCGCCGUCUCCGGAUUCCCCCGAUGGACAAGGCGUUCCUGCGGUUGUCGUGGAUGCUGGUGGUUCGCCCGAGAAGAUCAGAGUGCUGCUGACGCUCGAGAGUAUCCAAGUCAUCCUCAUCAACGACGACGUCCGGAUCGCGACUCUGUCUCUCUCGACGGCGUACGUCGCGAUCGUGCUUCGCGCGAACACCAUGCGCAUCAACGGCCGCCUGGGGAGUCUCGCACUGAACGACGACUCGCCAAUCCAGACGGCCUCGCCCGAGUUCAAGCAGAUUUUGUCCAUCGAAGGCGACAACUUCGCGGACUUCACCUACCAGACCUACAACCCCGAAGAUCACGAGACAUACACGGGGGUGAAGUCCUCGGUCUCCCUCAACACGGGCUCUGUGAAGGUCCACUACCUUGAGCACAGUCUGCACGAUGCGUAUCAGUUCGUCAUGCGUCUUGCCAAGCUCAAGGGCUUCUAUGAUGCCGCCACAGAAGCUGCGGUACAACGCGCUUCUGAGAUCGAGCGCAUGCAGUUUGACGUCUCCAUUAGCACGCCCAUCAUCGUGUUCCCUGCGGAUGCCCAGAACUCGCUGGACGUCCUGACCAUGCGCCUCGGCGCGCUUAGCGCUCGGAAUUCGUACGAGAACGACGGCGACCGCAUUACGGCCGGAUUGCACGGUAUACAGCUGACGUCAUGUCUACACUACGAUGACCAGCCGUCCGUCCUGAAGAUUGUCGACGAUAUCGACAUCAACGCGGACAUUACACAGUAUAGCGGGAUUGACCGUUCUAAGGAUUUGGAACGUCCGAACACGCAGGUCUCCGUCAAGAUUUCCGAUGUCCGACUGCACCUCACGGAACCCCAGUAUUGUCUCCUCAUCGCCUUGUCUCAGUCGAUUCCGAAGGUAUUCGCAGACGUGCCCGAAGUUGACCAUGAGCCGGAACCAACGCAACCCCUCGAAUCUUCAAGUACGCCGAACGCCAGCUCGGACUCGACCACCGUAGUCGAUCUGCGGCCUGAGCUGUCAACCAACCCCUCCUCGGGUGACACGCGGCCCUGGACUUCAUUGGAUGUGGUGGUCGCCGUCAGCGCCAUUAAGCUGCACCUCUAUGACGCUCUUGCCACCACUCAGGCAAACGUCAAGGAACACGGCAUCGCUCGGUUUGCCCUGAGCGACAAUAGCCUCAGGCUCAAGAUGCUAUCCGAUGGCGCUCUAGAAUCCCAGGUCGUCUUGAAGUCUAUGACGAUGAGCAACACCCGCCCUGGGCCCUCGAAGUUCCGCGAGAUCAUGCCUGCAGCUCAGCACGAGCGGAACCAGAUCAUGCUCCUGUUUAGUUUGUCGGGUGGAGCAAGCAACACCGGUCUUGCUGUUCUGACCGUCGACUCGCCUGAGGUUAUCUUCGCGGUCGAUCCUAUCAUCUCCCUGCUAGAGUUCUUUACCAGUGCAUUCCCUCCACAAGCCGAGCCAGCGGAUGAAGUCGACGACGUCGACGCGGAGCAGACUGAGCCGAGCCCUUCAGGUUUGAAGAUCGACUUCCGUCUAGAUCUGCACGACGUGUCUGUUUGUGUUCUAGAGGACGAUGCCAGCAACGAGUCCCAGGCGAUCAGACUGACCGUCAAGCAACUGCUCGUCUCGCAGCAGGGAGUGUUCGCCGUGAGCGUGAAGCAAGUUGGGAUGUCCCUCACCCGCAUGGGCAAACCAUCUGAAAGCGUUCGAUUCCUCGACGACGUCGACCUGACAUUUACACUGGACAGCCGCUCCUCUGGAGCGCACCAGUCUACCAGCAUCGAAGUCACGUCGCUGCCUAUAGUUUUCCGAGCCUCGUACCGUGACAUCAUGCUCAUCACGGCCAUCGUCAACAAAGCGAUCGCGUUGUACGGCAACUCCAGCCAAUCGUCGGGGCCGGAACGGCCAGGUCUUGAAAAGACUCCAAGCCGACCAGCAUUGAUGUCCGCCAGAAGGGGUUCGAGGCCGACGACUUCUCGCGUUCAGCCCGUCGGCAGUGCCCAUGUUGUGACGCACAAGGAGCAGUUCAGAGGCUCGUUCGAAGGAUUCCGCCUAGUCCUUAUCGGUGACCUUCAUGAGCAGCCCCUCUUGCAUUUGAGGGUGAAGCCCUUCAUCCUCGGGGCGAAGGACUGGUCCGGAGAGCUCCAAGCAACAUCCACCCUCUCGGUCCACGUUAGCUACUGGAAUCUUUCGAACUCGCAUUGGGAGCCUCUGAUCGAUCCAUGGACGUUCACAGCAUCAAUCGCAAAGGAGUCCCCCACCGGCGGCAUGAAAAUGUCGGUCAACGCAAAUCAGCGCUUAGAUGUGAACGUCACGAUGACCUUCGUUGAACUUACUCUUGCGACCUCGAAGAUGCUUGGGGUAGAGGGCGAACGGAUGCUGCAGAAAGCUCGCGGGAGCUACGCUCCGUACCGCAUAUGGAACAGGACGGGGUACCCUCUGUUUAUCUGGUCAGACACAGAUGGCAGCCACGACAACAAGGAUACCUCGGCGAAGCAGAUCGCGAACGGCAAGACCAUCGACUGGAGGUUUGAUGACUGGAAGACAAUGCGUGAGCAUGUCUCCUCUAGUGGACACAACAGCAUCGGCCUGCAGAUUGCCGGAAAGCAGUGGGAGCAUCUUCGCAGCAUCCCCGUCGAUAGAGAGGGGGAGUACACAUUCUCCCUGAGGCCUCGUUCGGAGAAGUAUGCACAUCGUUUGGUUUGUGAGGUGAAGGUCCAGGGCAACGUCAAGUUGGUCGUGUUGCGGUCGACAUACAAGAUAGAGAACCACACGCUCUAUCCGACAGAGCUUACUUUGGUAGACGAAACCGGUCAGCCGGUGUACGCUGUAGAGAAGAUCGCCCCUGGACAAGACUAUGCCCUACCCCUCGAUGCAGUCAAUCGGUGCCGUGUCCGACUACAACCUGAUCAGGGUUUCGGUUACAAGUGGUCUCCGGCAAUCCGAUGGGAGGACCUCAUUGCCAAGCGAGGCUUCACGCUGCGUUGCCCUCACUCAGACCAAAAUGAGGCAGCCUUCAGGUUCCAAGCCUGGGCUGAUGCGGACUCCAACGAUAUCGCGUCACGCAAACUGCCGAGGAUCACGCUCAAACUUCGGGCACCGAUCGAGCUAGAGAACUUGCUCCCGUAUAACCUCGACUACCGCAUCUACGACAAGGAAACCGAUCAGAACUGGAGGAGCUACCUGCGUAAAGGCGGUGUCAUGCCUGUUCAUUCAGUCGAGCUUGCGCAUCUUGUGUUGUUGAACAUCCAGAUCCAGGACACAGUCUUCAAACCGAGUGACUUCGCCAUCAUCAAUACCGACGGCAAUUCCGACUUUGACGUUGAAAACAAACUUGUGUUGAGGGACCCCGACGGCCACAAGCUAGAUCUAAAGCUUAACUACGUACACUAUCCCGAUUCCGGUGGUUCUUUCAAAGUGCAGGUCUACAGUCCCUACAUCGUCUUGAACAAGACCGGGCUUCCGUUCUCAGUACGGCCAUCUAGUUCUCGAGUCGGUUCGUCAUCAGAAGUUGCAGGGGAAACAAGACCAGACAUCCUCGCCAAACUUAUUCCCUUCUUGUUGUCUCAUUCCAUCGACAACGGCAAGGACUUCGCAUUCAAGCUCGGAGAUUCUGCUUGGUCGCAGACUGUCAGCCUGGACGCCCCAACAGCCGAGACAAGACUUGUGAUGCCACACCAGACACAGAAGGCGGAUGAAAUACACGUCGGUCUCUCAUGGACAGAAGGACUAGGAAAGUACAAGUUGACAAAGGUCAUCACUCUGGCGCCUCGUUUCAUCGUCGUCAACAACUUCUCCCAACCUUUGGCGUUCCGAGAGCAUGGCGUGGCACCCCGCGGACGUCCUACGAUCGAACCUGGAGAGAAGCGCCCCUUGCACUUCUUGCGUGUUGGUGAUGAGAAGCUGCUCACCCUCGCCAUCCCGGGCCUCAAUGCACAAUGGUCUCCCGCCAUCAAUCUGGAGGAUAUAGGCAGCGUGCACUUCCGCUUGCACGCUUCAGAAGGAAGCCAGAACAUGCGUCUAAUGCGAGCAGAUGUAAAGAUUGAAGGGCCUACCAUCUUCAUCUUCAUCGACGAAGCCACCGAGGGUUGGCCGUUCACGAUCGAGAACGACACCGACCACACAUUCACCCUGACCCAAACGGAUCUCAAUCGCAAGGAAGGAGGGCAGGCUGCGAAGUCUGGCCCGACUUACACGGUUGCCGCCAGGUCCAGUCUUGACUAUGCGUGGGACAGUCCAGCUGCUAGGGACAAGCGGAUCGUCCUCGCAGUCAGUGGCUCCCGCCGAGAGAUCGACGUCAUGGAGAUCGGCGACCUGGUGCCGUUCAAGUUUGCCGGCGAGCGAGGAACGCAGACGGUAUCUUUGGACGUACGUGCCGAUGGUCAUAGGCAAGUGCUGCGUAUCACCAACUACAACGCGGAAUACAGUCUGUACAAGCCCCGACGCCGAGACACCAUGUCACUGGCGCGACAGGACUCCAUGAGCAGUAGUCAAGACGCAUUUGAGGCGGUCCAGGAAACGGUGGCUCCUGUCCUGACCGUCUACCUGGACCUCCAGGGCUUGGGCAUGUCUCUCAUCAACCGGCGCAUGGUCGAAGUGGUCUAUCUCUCCCUCAACGCCUUGAAGUUCGAGUACGCCAACAACCCCGUCGCCCAGUCUGUCACUCUGUCCUGUGGAGGCUUGCAGAUCGACAAUCAGCUGCACGAUGCCCUCUUCCCUGUUCUGCUCCAGCCAACUCCGAUCUCUCAAGAUUCAAAGGCGGUCGCUGCCUUGCCCACGGUGCAGGCAUCAGUGAUCUGGUUGAACGAUGAGGAGCACGGCGUGUUCUUCGUCAAGUACUGCUCCAUUCUUCUCCAAGCUUUGACGGUAGAAGCGGACGAAGACUUCCUGUUUUCCCUCUACGAUCUCACGAAGAUCAAGGGCGCGUCGUGGGACGAGGGCCAAGAAGACGUGCUCCUCAAAUACCCAGAGGAUAUACCUGAGCCACAAGCUACCGCGCGCGGGCAAGACUUGUACUUCGAAGUACUGGAAUUGCAACCGAUCAAGCUGUCCAUCUCUUUCAUGCGCACAGAGCGGGUCAGCGGGGAAGAGAAGUUGAGUCUCCGCAACCCAUUCGCCGUCGUGCUCAACGCGGUCACGAUGGCGGUUGGAAAUGUCAACGAUGCUUCCUUGGAAAUGAAUGCAUUGGCGAUCAAGGACAUGCGUCUCACGCUGCCUGAUCUCGAGGAGCGGAUCACGCAUCAUUACCGUCAAGAAGUCCUUCGCCAGCUCUAUCGCAUUCUGGGGUCAGCGGACUUCAUCGGCAACCCCGUCGGGCUCUUCACCAAUGUCAGCUCCGGUGUCGCCGAUAUCUUCUAUGAACCGUUCAACGGAUCGGUCAUGCAUGGGAACAAGGAGAUCGGUAUCGGCAUCGCGAAGGGCGCAGCGAGCUUCGUCAAGAAGACUGUCUUCGGGUUCUCGAACAGCUUCACCAAGUUCACGAGCAGCGUCGGAAAAGGUCUUUCGGCGACCACCCUGGACUCCGAGUAUCAGCUGCGCAGACGUAUGAACCAACGACGUAAUCGCCCUCGACACGCCAUCUAUGGUGUCGCUGCAGGUGCUGAGGCACUUGCUAGCAGCCUUGCAAGCGGCGUCGAAGGUGUGGUGCUCAAGCCCAUCGAGGGUGCCGAGUCGGAAGGGGCAAAGGGAUUCUUCAAGGGGGUCGGAAAGGGGCUGAUCGGCGUCGUCACGAAACCCGUGAUCGGGGUGUUCGACCUCGCCGCCAACGUCUCGGAAGGCAUUCGUAAUACCACGACGGUGUUCGACAACCCGGCUCGAGACCGCGUUCGCUUGCCUCGUCUCAUACCUGCCGAUGGUGUCCUCGUGCCGUAUGCCGAGCGUGAAGCAUUGGGACAGUACUGGAUGAAGGACCUCGAGUCGGGCAGGUUCCGCACUGAGACUUACGUCGCACACCUCAACCUCCCUGGGGGAGACAACGUCGUGCUGCUGACCACGACGAAGGUGCUCUCGUUCUGGUCGAACAAGCUCCGGCUCGAGUGGGAGCUCCCCUUCACGCAGGUCCAGGGCGUCACCAUCGAGGACACGGGCAUCAAGUUCGCGCACAAGGCCGGCAAGGAGCACGACAAGUUCAUCUUCAUCCCCGACAAGAGCUCCCAGACCUGGUUCUUCUCCCAGAUCGCGUCCGUGGUCAAGGCGUUCAACGCCCGGCGGCGCAUGGACUCCUGAGCCCUUGCGGCUGGAGAUGAGGACUCGCUCACGCACGCUGCACGCUCACGCACGACGCACACACCAUUCUCGGACGGUAUUAAAGUGUAUUGAUAGACUGUAUCUCAUGUACCAUGCAAGAUGUACCAAUGUAUGACGGCAUAUAUGCGACCGCGCGGAACGGCAAGAGUGAACGAAAGCGGUCGACAAGGGACAGUGAAUCCAAACACACAAACGAUAUAAUGGUAGGCGAUAGAGGGAUGUGGUGAACCAACGAACGAUAGGCGAGGGGAGACUGGAUAUACAGAGGGACCGAGCGAGACAGGGCGGUGGGGGGUAACCGGCGGAGGGAUUAACGCAUAAAGUAAGGGAAUAAAUACUAUGGACAGCGGGAUCCCUGCAUGUGUACAGACAGUGGUGCGCGCUGCACUUAGACUGGCACUGACCGGGCGGGCGCGCUCUAAUGGCCGCCCACGGUGUCCUCGCUCGCGCGAUUCGUGAGCCGGCUCUGGCUCUUGACGGCCGUCGUCGCCGUGCUCGUGCUGAAGUUGCGCUCGCGGCCCUUGAGCGCGAGGUCCUGGUGCGUGCCGAACUCGUCGAGGUGGUCCCCGGCGAGCCCGGUCGGCGUCACCUGCUCGGUGUUGUCGCUCGCCGCGUAGCCCUUCGCGCCGUAGUGCUCGAGGCUGCCGUAGCUGCCGCGCGGGCUCGUCGAGUACGCGCUCUGGAAGUCCGUGUCCUCGUCGUCCGUCGCGCCGUUCGCCCCGGGGGUCAACGACGGCGUCGUUGGGGUGGCCGUUGUCGGCGAGAAUGCGCCGAACGACGCGGUGGACGGGAUUUUGCGCAGCCCGGGCAGCUCGAGCGUCGAGGUGGUGACCUGUGGGCGGGGCUUCUCCUCGGGGGCGAUCUCGGUCUUGGUCUCGCUCUCCGUCGCUGACAGCGCGGGGUCCAUCGUGUCAGAGUUCUUGGGGUUGGCACGGCGAACAGGGGUGUCGAGACCAGACAGGGCGGGCGAGUCGGUCAGUUUCCUGGACUUGGGCUUUCCACGACGUGCGCGUGAGCGACCAGACUCAGACCACUCGCUCUCGCUGUCCAGCGAGCGACGGUACGCCUCAGAGCCAAGCGCAGACUCCAGCUUGCGCUGAAUUUGAAGCACCUUCUGCGCGAUCUUGUCGCUCUUCUGGCUAAUCCCCUCGUCGACGGCCUUCAUCCCGUCCUGCUCCAUCUCCGCCGCAGAGAAUCGCUUCUGCUUCUUCUGGCGCUCCUUCUCAAGCUGCGCCUUCUCGCGCUCAACCUCGUCCGCGUGCUCCUCCUCCUCGGGCUCCUCGAGCACAGUCCCCGUCGCGCGCUCGGGCUUCAGCGUGAACUCGUCGCGCAUGUCCCCGCCCGAGUACGACUCCGCGAGCGUCGACUCCGUGCUGAACGAGCGCAGCGGGCGCGACCGCGCGUCGCUCCCGCGGCGGUGCGAGGGCGCCGAGGGCGCGGAGCGCGAGGACAUGCGGCUGGACGGGCGCGAGCCGCCGUAGUCCGAGUCGUCGACGUCGACGGCCAUGUGCGCGAGCGCGCGCUCGAUCUGCGCCUCGACCUCCGCGAUCAUCUCCGCGCGCUCCUCCUCCAUCUUCUCCAUCGUCUCGCGCAUCUGCUCGAGCUCCUCCUGCGCGGUGCGGUGCGCCUUCUCCGUCUCCUGCAGCUGCUGCUGCAGCUUCUGCUUCUCCGACGCGGUCAUGGUGAUCAUGCUCGACAGGCGCUUCGUCUCGCGCUGCUCGCGGUUGAUCUUCGAGCGCAGGUCGCUCGCCUCCACGCUCAGCUUCUCCGCGUACUGCUCGAACGUGACGAACUUGUCGCGCCAGAGGUCCGACUCCGUCAUGAGGAAGUUCAGCCGGCGCGAGAGCCGCCCGAUCUUCGUCUCGAGGUCGUCGCGCGCGUCCACGAACGCGGACGCGCGCUUGCGGAUCGACAGCUGGAUGUGCUGCUCCGCGACACUCAGGCGCGGCGGCGGGCGCACGCUCCCGAACGAGCUGAUGCGCUUCAGCAGCGACGGCUUCUUCAUCUUCUCCGCGAGCACGCUGUCGAACGCCUGGAUAAUACGUGUUGAGUGCCACCACUCUGGCGGCUUGACCAUGUCCGCGACGGCGGUAGAUGCUGAGCCUCGCUUCGCCUGGAUUUUGCAUACGGGGCGGAACCGCCCAGCAGGGAACGCUUCCUUGAACUCACUCGGUACACAGUGGUCGGGAUGGUAGUGCGGCUCGAACGCGGUGAGCAGCUUCUGACGGUACCUGUCGCGCUGCUGCUUGACAGAGACAACGCCGGCUGGAGGCGCCGCGCAGUUCAAGUAGUUGAUGUCCAAAUCGACGACGCACACCUCCGGCGGCGGCCGCACCGCGUAGCGCGCCUCCGUCGCCAGACCAAUGAUCCAAGGACCGGGGUCCUCAAUGUAAAUCUUCGCAUCGCGCGAGUGCACAGAGGAGAGCGCAACGCCACUCCAACCACGCAGUUCGACGAGGUACUUGACCGUCAUCACCGCAAUACCCAGCAUAGCCGGGUGCCGCGAGAAGAACAGCACACGGCCCGUAGGCGCCAGCGCAAUCUCGCAGAUGGUGAGAAUGUUGUCGAUGUUCAGGCACUUGAACAGCGGCCACAUCGUGAAGUUCACGUCGACGAGCCCGCGGCCAAAGUCGAGGCCGCCAGGGAACCGGGCGACGACCUCCAAGCUCGUCUCCGCGCCGCCCUGCGCGGGCGCAGAGGACGCGUCGAGGCGUACCAGCUCGCCGGCACGCGGCGCGGGGUGCGAAAGGAUCUUGGAGAUCUGCAGGGUGUGGGACUGCACGUCCUUCGAGAAGCGCGCCCACGACAGGGUAAGGUAAUCCCGCAUGAGGUCGUAGAUCGGGAAGCGCGAGACCAACGUCAAUGCGUAGGGCAGCCAGAAGACCGUGUCCCCCGGCAGGAACAGCGUGCUCUCGCCGGGGGUGUGUCCCACGGUGCUCGCGACCUCGUAGUCGCUCUCGCUGAUCGCGCCGCCCUCCCCGUCUGUUUCCGGGUCGAGGUCGGUUUCCGCGUCGGUGCCCGCGCCCCACGGGCUGCGCGAGCUCAUUUUCGCGCGUCGGCGCGCUGUCAUCGCGGGGUCGCCCCCGGGCGUCGCAUCAGACGCGUGACGGCGCAUCCGCGACGCUACCAAACUUUGCGCGCUCUCUUUUCUCGCACGGCCGGCUUCUAGUGUGCGGCGUAUGGCCGCAGUCCGCUCAGCGUCAGCAUGAGACCAGACGGUAAGGCACACGCCAUGGUAAGUUAUCUGGCCGGCUCCGCUCGCGUUGUUGCCCAUGCCGCCGCCGAGCUCGCUGCGCCCCGCGUUGUGUCCGUUGGGAGACAGGUACGCAGAUGAGGUGGGGCCGAGGUAGGCGGAAGAGGGCCGGGCGUGACGGCUGAAGGGAUCGUCUGCGUACGGGUAACCAUACGACGAGACGUCCGUGUUGGUAGUCAGCACGGAUGCACGAAGCAUGUCCGUAGACGGGCUGGGCGCCAGAGGGGUGGUGGGCGCGGGGAGGUUGAACGUGAAUGUGUGCACGGUGGACGCGGGCUGCAGAGUCGAGGCGAUGAUCUCGACCUCGCGCGUGAAGGAGAGCUUGAGCGCCUUGGACAGCAUCUUGCCCACCUCCUGCUUGCUGAGAUGGCCCGACGAGCUGAACAUGCUCGCGUUGCCGUCCUCGGCCUUGUUCUUCUUCUUGCGCUUGCCGCCGCCCGCGCCGGGGCUUAUCGUGCUCCCCAGCACCUCCGGCCGCCACCACCUGCCAACCGCACCCUCGGAAUGGUGCAGACCCAUCACGGAGUCGGGGUCGGCGAGCGUCCAUGUGUGCGGGCUCUUGGGCAGCCCGGAGACUACGUAGAGCGACGCGAGCGGGAGGGUCGGCCCUGACGGCGACGGGGGCGGCGCGCUCACUGAGGGCGGUGCAGAACGCGCAGAGACCAUGGAGUUGCGGUUCGAGCCCGGGAUGGGCUCCAUGCUCUGGCGCUGCCUGAAGCCGAGGACGCGUGCGGCCUUGUCGGUGCGUGCGGGAACGACUGCGUUCUCGACGGGGCCGUUGGCGGGGCGGUCGAUGGUCACGUAGUCGAGGUCGUCCUCCUGGGCGGACUGGAACGAGGUUGUGGACGGGUUGUGGGAGAAGGAGAAGGAGGGCGAGGCGAGGCCGCCGCCCUGGCGGCCGUGGCCGAAACCGAGGCCGGGGAGGCCGUUUUGGGCGUCGUCCCUGUUGGCGUGGACGGCGUUCGCCCCCGCACCCACACUCCCACUCCCGGAGAUGGUGAUGAUCGGGUCAGGCGCCGGGAUCGGUCGCGGCACCCCGUGCCGCCGUCCGCCCAUGCCAGCGCUGCUGCCCACCGCGCCGCUCGAGCUGGCGGCGCCGCCGUGCGCAUCCUUGGAGUACCCGCUCGUGGUCGAGCGCAGGCUCAAGGUCGACUUCUGGGUCGCGCGGCGGGAGAGGAGAGACGCCGGGCCCGUGCCGUGAUUUUUGUUGCCGUCGACGUCCUCCGAGAAGCGGGACUUCAUGAUCUUCUCGCCAAUGGUAGGCGCGGGGGUUGCAGACACGGCGAGUGGCUGCGGCACA